CGUGACGCCAGGCACCGCUCCCACCAAUGCGCGGCCGCGGCGCUGCAUUUUGAACGUCGGGGAUAGGCGCCAACCGCUCGGCUGCGCGCGGGGACGCCUUGCUGCUCGUGGCACCUCUGUGCGGGCGGCGGCCGGCGCCGCUCUCGGGUCGAAGAUGGCCGAGCAUCUGAAAAAACCCUUCAAAGACAGUCUGAGCGACAUAAAGGAACGGAUGAAAGAGAAGAGAAAUCAGAAAUGGGUGACGUUGAGCAAAAUCAGCCAGAUCUCAACUGUGAAAUGCAAAAGAGCAACCACCACCUCUGUGAAAAUGAAAAGCCUCCAGGCCAACAACAAAGCUCUGGCUCAGGCUUUGCAGGAAGAAAAGCUCAAACUGAGGGAUGCUCAAGCUCUUAUCCUACAGCUAAGGAAAGAGUAUCAAGAUCUGAAAUUUCAGAUGUUUGACUUGCGAAGAAAUCUUGCAUUCAGGCAAGCACAAGGACUGGUUGAGACUAGACUGUCAGCUUUGAGUGAGAUAAUUUCAAAAGUUUCUCAGAACUUACUGGAGUCAGUUGAUCUCCUCGGCCCAGCGAAGGAUUUGUGUUCCAGAAGUGUAAAUCAGAGAGUGUGUACUUCACUGCUUGAAAAUAAUUCCAGUGACAUAGGAGGGAGAAGUUCUGUAGAGCUGCUACAGCCUGCUGAUGGAGAUGAUCAAGUACUUCAAUGUAGGUUGGAAGCUGAUUGUGAGAAAAGUGAGCCGGAUCAUUCUGUGUUCAAGAUCUGUCAGGAACUUGACAAUGACACUUCCUUAACCAAAAUAAUUCCAGACAAAGGGCAAACAUCUGAUUUUCAUGUGUACAACAUUGCAUCAGUGCUGGGAGAUGUUUCUUCAAGUGGCGAAGAUGGAUUUGGUAAUAUGUUAACAAAGAAUGUGUCUACCAGGCGCCGCUGUUUGAAGAUGACAAGUAGAGAUGAACUUUGCACUGGCAUCUUGGACAAUUUGGAAGCAUCUGAUUCAGCUGAAGAGCCUUUUAAACAGGAUGAAAUCAGGCUUCAGAAAAGUCUAGAUGUGUGUACUGUGGAAAACAUACAUUCGGGUAUUUCUCAGGUGGACAAAGUAGGUUCAGACCUGGUAUUAAGGCAGAUGGAUUCUGAAACUGCAAAGGUCAGUUCACGCAACAGUUCAGAUCUUAAACAGCGUGCAUGUAAAAACAGAGAAGACUCUCAAGUAAGGAGAGAGAAGGAUCAGAAGGUGAAAAUGGGAGGGACUAAAGAUACUUCCAGACCAAGGUCAAAGAAAAGACAAGGUAAAGAGACUUGCAAAGAAAAGUUGGACAACUUGAGUGGUUCCAGUGAUGCUUAUGAUUUUAAUUUUGAAGAGAGCAUCCAUGUUACACCUUUUCGACAAAAUAAGGUGAAUGACAGAGAUACUGAUAUGGGUGACAAAGAAGAGUCAUCUGAAUCUAAUAGCAUCGAGUUGAGUGAUACUGAAGGAGAUUCAGAUGAUAGCCUUUACGUACCUUAUAAGAGCAAACCAAAAAAAAGGAAAAGUUCAGUGGAUGAGACGGGUACAUCACCAAUCCAUGUGAGGCCAAGGUCUAAAAGAUGUCUGGCACAGCGUGAGCAGAAACUCCAUAAAGAAGAGACUGAAAAAAAGACUGAAAUCAAUAAAUCAAGUGAAAAGUCUACUAGUCAGCCUUCUAAAUCAUUUCAUGGUCAUCUCUGUGAUGUUACUAACAUUGCUUCAUCACUCCUAAGCAAAGGGAAUGCACCUGUUGGCCCUGCAGGUGAAAGAUCACCAUCUCCAAAACGCAAACGAAGAAGCUGUACACUUACUGUGAACUAUAAGGAACCAAGUAUUACAGCGAAACUUAGAAGAGGAGAUCCAUUUACAGAUAUAUGCUUUCUGAAUUCUCCAAUUUUCAAGCAGAAGAAAGAUGCUAAACGCAAUUCCACUAAGAAGAAAUCUCUUUCAAAAUAUAAUGAGAAAUUUGUUGGUGGUUGUUGAGAUUUUCUGUGAUGCUAACAGGACUAUGAAGAGAGGAAAUCCAUCAAUCCUUCAGCCAGCAAACUUACACUAUACAACUAUCUCUAGGCGUUUAACUGGAUAUAAAACAAAGUGGGUUUUGGUUUUAAUCAAAUGACUUAUUCUUAAGGAUGUAGAAGACAUGAGAUUACUUAUAGCUAGGGUGAUUCCACUUAAGCUCUUUUGGGAGACAUCCUACUUUGUGAAUUUGUAAAUACAUCUGAAAUAUCUGAAAAAGAUGAAGAGCAAAAUUUUCUGACUUACAUCCUGCUUCAUCUGACUGUGGUUGGCGCAAGCAAACUUCAGGUACUGAAGUUCAAAUGUUAUCCAGAUCUUUAUUUAUGUAACAGUUUCAUAUUGAAGCCUAUAAUAAAAGUGUUAGUGUUGGAAAGAACUCAGAGUUGAUUGGAGUCCUUUUUACAGGGUUUCCAUAGUUGCUUGAAGGGUAGCAGUGUCACCUAUAGACAGAGUGAAAGCCAGUGCAUUCCUUUCCUUCUCUUCUCAUAUUGAGUAUGGUUGGAAGUAACACUUCAAUUGUAAUUCAGUUAUGUUGUGUGAGCUCUCAAAAGUUUCAAUUCUAGUUGUUACUUCUAUAAACAUAAGUUAAACUUAAAUUUGCUUUGUUCCUAAUCUUAUUUGGUUAUCUGCAAAUGUUGUGAAAAGCUUUCUGUUUUGGGAACUGGAAGUAAACUGUAAGCCACAGUACUGAGCUUUACUGUUAUGUACUUCAUAAUUCUCAUCUUCCUGUAUAAGAACCAGAGGAAAACUUAGUAUUUGAUACAACAAUUGGCAGAAAGCUAGAAAAAGUUAGCUGGAAGGAAGCUAUCCAGCAAGAUUUCAAGGUUCGAUAGCACUUAAAAUAUAGUGCAUUUCUUCACUUCAGGAACAUUUACAAGUGUUAAUGGAUACAUUAAUGAAAAGAGGAAAGCUGCAUUCAACAUAAGUAAUGGAAAGUACAAAAAUACAGGUUCUUUACUUGCUCUGCAAGGUUGCCUAUCUUGCCUGUCCUGCUUCAAAAGUUAUUAGUGCUCUCCUGUGAUAAAUGUUUUGAUUUACUGGCAACAUUUUUUCAUUGUGUGUUUAGUGUUUUGAUUAUGUAAACACUAAAUCUCUUCUGAGUGCUACUUACUGCCUUAUGGACCAUAUGCUUUUAUGUGACUGUUUACUUCCCAGUGCCUUGCAUUAUGAUACUAAGGGGCUAGUGGACAAGAAAGAAAGAAAGAAAAAGAAAAAAGCGAAUGACAUGCUUUGAGACUCACUUUAAGACUCACUUGGUUUUUCAAAGAAUUGUUCGAGUCCUUAAAGAGACUGGGAUAACAGCACUGUAGCUCAGCUAAUGGAAAGCUGGGAAUAGGUGGAAUACUUGGAACCUUCACCUCUCUCCUUACUUUCUCAUCUCAGCUUUGUAUACUGUAGUCAACUAAAUGCUCCGGAUGAACUUUUGAAUAGAUUCUCUCAAGUGCACGUAAAAAAUGCAUUGACUGCAUUCUUACGGAUUCAUGGUACUCAGUUGUGAAAUUGCUUCAGUGUGUAUAUUUGCAAUGCAGGAACUAAUCAAAAAGAAGAAGAGACCAAGUAAGGUUUUGUACAUAUAUAAUUUAAAACUAUUCUGUACCAAUACAAUAUAUUAAUUUUACAAAUGUAAAAUUCAUCAGCUGUUAAAGCAUUUGCAAAACCACAUUCUACUGUAACUUUAUUGCACAGUAUCUAUGAAAAUAUUAAUUCUUAAAUUAGAAAACAAAUGUUUCAAUAUAGAAGAGACAAUCUGAUUGAAAUACAAUAAGAAAAUCUACUCUGAAAAUAACAAAAUUUCACAGGAUACUAAGCUUACAGGUGCACCUGUAGGCCCAAUCUACAAAACCGGAUCAUAGCAUCUGGUACUGGCUAAUUAAAAAAAGAAAAAUUCUUUGUACCUUAGUUAUAGAUCCAAAUGUAGGUCAGACUAAUCUCAUGUGAAACACUGUGGCAAUUCUAGUGUUAACAUUUUGAAUACUUUGCAUAUACCACGUUUACUACCAGAUAGUUCCUGACUCUACUUAACUGCUUCAACAUUGCACAGGUAUUUUGCAGGAAUAUAUUCCUUGAUGCAGCAUAGGGUGGGGGUUUUUCAGCCUUAUAACUACUGAAUGUUACCAGUGUAUCAUCUGUAAAUAUAAAACACUAAGAUUGAGAGUUAAAUUUGUUUGUCACAAAACCAUUAUAGUUACAAACUGAUUAGAAAAUGUCAAGUGAUGACUUUUUGGCCUGUCCUAUCUCAAUUAGGAAGUUAGAAGUACCUCUUAAAUGUAGUGUAGGCAGCAAAAUAUAUAUUACAUAUGUGCUUAAUUUGAAGAUAUGCUAACAUGAGUUGUAAAAUGUUAAUAUGCUCCUGGGUCUAAAUAAUCACAGUUAAUAAGUAUUUACAAUAAAGCUUGGUAGAAAAUCCAGUUUACCACAGAAGCAAGUAUAUAAGAUUGAAGCUGAAAGACACUGACAUUUGUGUACUUUUGUCUCUGCUGAAUAACCUGAAGAAUUUAUGAGUGAAGAGUAUUAUAUGGGGUGGAUCGUGAAGUGCAUCAAAACCUUAAUGUCAUUAAGCCAAUUAAAAUUAAAUAUAGUAUAAUUAAAUUGGAGCCUUUAAAGAUAUUUUGAGUACUUAUGUCCUGCAUAAGUUAUUAUGACAUUACAUAUCUAGUCUGAUUUUUUUUUUUU